UGCAGGGGGUGCCAGCCUCCCUUUGCGGAGUGCUCCGCUGCGGUGCGGACGAGCUCUGCUGCUCCUCCCUCCUCUUACCAUGGCGUUGCUCAGUAGUUGACGUUGGGUUUCCCCCCUUUCUACCUUCUUCUCUUUUUCCGGUCCCUUUCUUUCCCCCUGCCCCGGGUCCCGGCUCAGGCACGUUAGACGGCCGGUACCGGAGACACCGGGUCCCCAUUCCCUCUCCCCCGGCCCUCUGGAACAGGCGGUAGGAGUCUGGUCGGGAGACUGCUGAAGGCACCAUGAACAUCAUCAUCGGCAUCGGCGGGGUCACUAACGGAGGCAAGACCACCCUCACCCGCAAGCUGAGGCAGGCCCUGCCCAACUGCAGUGUGGUGCACCAGGAUGACUUCUUCAAGCCCCAAGAUGAAAUAGAAGUUGAAGAUGGGUUUAAGCAGUAUGAUGUGAUAAGUGCAUUGGAUAUGGAAGCUAUGAUGAAUACCAUCAAUGCUUGGAUAAAAAACCCAGUGAAGUUUGAACGUUCUCAUGGGAUCAACAACACGCUGGAUGCCCAGAUCUUACAAGAUAAGGAAGGAGCAGAUGAAACAAUCCACAUUCUUAUUGUUGAAGGCUUCCUACUUUACACCUACAGGCCACUGAUUGAUGUAUUCCACCAUCGAUACUUUCUUUCCAUUCCAUAUGAAGAAUGUAAGAGGAGAAGAAGUUCAAGGAAUUACACUGUACCAGACCCACCUGGAUUGUUUGAUGGCCACGUUUGGCCUAUGUAUGUAAAGCACAGGAAGAUAAUGGAAGAUCUGGGAGUUGAUGUGGUGCACUUGAAUGGAACAAAAUCAAAGGAAGAGCUGUUUAAUGAUGUGUAUGGACAGAUCCAGAAUAAGAUCGAAGAAUUACUUAAAAUGCAGAAAUUAAAGGCUACUGCUGAUUCUGGUGAGUGAAGAUGAUUCCAGUUUGCUCUGCACUGUCUGCCCAACCGCCACUAAAGUUCCAGCUUCUGUGAAGACUCAACUCUUAAAUUUGACUUUGUUCAUAUGGUCAUAAUUAAAAAGCACUUCCCCCUUGUCUGUCAUCUUAA